CGUAGGCAUUGCUGAAUCGAAGUCCUUCUGUGUACGGAGUCCCAAAGUUCCCUCUCUCCCAUGACCCUUCCUUUUCCAUCCACAUCCCCUUCUGCAGCCCUGACUGAUCCCAUGCCUUUCCACCCUCUGGGUGGAUCCACAGGCUCAAGGCGGCGUGGACCGCCCGAACGGUGUCUGCUGCUAUUCUUUGCUAGCACCCUUGCUAGUAGGCUUCUGCAUUUGGAUUGGGUAUUGAGGGUUUUCCUUCGAAUCAUAUUUGCAUUUGUUAUUAUUUUAGACCUAAGCUAAC